AUGCGGACCGUAACCAUCACCUCUAUUGUACUUGCCUUGGCCAGUAGCAGCUUCACCCAGAAGACUUACAACAUCGACCCCAGCUCGGUCAGUUCAAGCGACAGACAGUCCUGGUGCUUGAAUCAGAAGACCCAAUGCCCUCUCAUCUGCCUUCAAACCAACAAUGGCGAAAGUGCUACGACCCGCUCCAACACUUGUGAUCCUAAAAACCUCGAGUACAGCUGCGUUUGCGAAGAUGGAACAUCUCCAAACCUUACAGAAUACUCCUUGACCAUCCCAUUCUACGAGUGCCAGGAAUUUGGCAACCAGUGUGUGAAGAACUGCGGGCUCGCCAACAAUGCCUGUGCAGACCGCUGCCGCGCCGACAACCUCUGCGGAGCUCAAAGUCCCACACUUUCAAACACUACCAGCACUGUCGGGCCUAAAUCUACAACUGGGCCGAGCGCCACUUCUGGAGCUGCCGAUGCAGAUGCAACCGGAGACAAUUUCCAAUCCCUUGAUGGAAGCGACAACAACCAAGGCGGCAACAAUGGCAACAACGGUGGCACCGGAGCAGCAGGAGUUUUAGGUGCCAACUUCGGAUUCGCUGUUCUAGUGUCUGGCCUGAUCGGAGGCUUUGCCGUACUGUUGUAG